AUGGGAAGACCGAAUUUAGAGCCCAUACUUGUGGACUCAAACCCUCUGCUGGAACCAGCAGGCUACGGUGCAGGAGCUAGCUCCUUCACACGUGACCCAGUUGCGGACAUUCGUGCGUACUCGCCAGUACAACCUGGACCGCCACGUUUGUGCUGGGUUCUUUUUCAAGAAUUUAGACCCACUGAGCUUCAAGUGAAAAAAGCUGUAAUAUAG